AUGGCGAGAUCUCUGAAUAAAGUCCACAAGAAAGUGGCGAAGAAGAAGCCAGGGAAAAUGGACAGUCUACAUGUGAACAGUCGAGAUGCAAAACGUUUACGGGCAGCCAGUGCCAGAGAAGAUAAACUGUCACGUUUGAUGGACGCUGCAGCAAGAGCCAAUCAAGUCUAUGUGGAGAGAGUGGCUUGGUUCAAAGCAGCGCUAGAAGGUUCUGUUGGUGGAUUGACAGAAGAGGAAGUACGGUUGCUCACUCGCAGUUUCAUCGAUCGUGAGGAUGAGCAGUUGGAAGAGGCAAAGGCACAGCGUCGGCCUGGGCGGCCUCGCACAAAAAUCGAGGAAGACAUUAUCAUACGCAAAGAUACCGAAGAGCGCGAAUUCAGGUCUGGCUUCUGGAUUCCAGAUCUCCGGUACGAAGAAGACAGAUUCAAGCUCGAACGAUGGGCUGGCGAAUGGAGCGGAUUGCAUACGAUGAAGUUCAUACGAGUCGUCAGAGACGGUGACAUUAAGGCUUCGAGCUUCCCUCCGAAAGGCCUUUCUUGA